UUCAUUUUCUUUUCGUCAUUUCGUCUCACAAACUUAUCUAGACACAUCGUUUUGUUGAACAGAACAAAAAAAUUCCGUAAACCGAACUGAAAUAAGUUUCAAAAUUACAAUGGCAAAGAAUAUAGCAGAUAUAAUAGCCCACGAGCCCGCUGAUGCCCUUAUUUUCAAGGGGCCGUUCGACAAGACGUUCAAGCGCACUCUGGUUAUUCGCAGUCUGACCGAAAAGGAUGUCGCGUUCAAGAUGAAGACAACCUCGCCCGAAUUGUUCUGUGUUCGCCCGAACGUUGGGAUACUUUCUGCCAAAUCGUCGGUCAACAUAAAAAUUUACAUGCAGCCGACGACGUUGUCUCUGACCCCGAACCUGUUUGAGAAGCGUCACAAAUUCCUUAUUUUGGCUAGCGAAGUUACAGAUCACGUGGAUGAUGUGCACCAGUUCUUCAGGGGUCUGGACUCGACUAAAGUGUGGGAAGGCAGGGUCCGUUGCGAGUUGACUAACAAUUUGGACGCGUCCAUCCGCCACACUGCUGGUGGAGAGACAACUGAAGUGUCCGAUCGUGUGUACGACGCCCUGGCUGCCAUCAAGCUGGAGCUGAAGGACAAAGAUAUGUUGCAGAAGAAAGUUGAUAGUCUUGAGAAGGUGCGUCAGGACUUGACACAGGAAAUCAAGGAAUUACGUGAUCCUGCUCAGAAGGGGAAAAAAGUCAGGAAACUGCUUCGCCAGCGUUCUCCUAACAGGUUCAUGUUUUUGGCCGGACUUCUCAUCGUCGGUGCCAUCAUAUUCUUUGGCAAUUACGGCAAUGCAAUACUACAACUUUUUGAGCAAGCUUUCUGAAGAACUGUUCUGUAAAAGAAAUUAAAAAUGAAUUUUUGGAAAAUGAA